GUUUCUUUUCGGUAUCAGUGUUCCCUCUCGGUAUCCCACUCCCCGUUCACUUUUCCACCUUCUUCCACAUUUUUCCUCCACACUUUCAGUUUCUAUCUCUAUCUAUCUUUCCCUCUUUCUCUCGUUCUCUUCUUUUCUAUGCCCUCGCUUCCUGGUCUCCUUGCGACAUUCUGAACCCCCCCUUGAUUUCUAUCUUCCCCUCCUCCGCGCCUAUGUGCCCCCACCUCCUUAUUCGUCCGCCUUCGGCUCCCUCUUUACUGCCGACACCACUAUCGUCGUCGCUUCUCUGUCUCUCCACGCUACCUGAAUCGACUCUCCCGGGAUGCUGCAAUUGUUGACAAUGCCGGAGAGUGAGAGAGAGUGCUGUGAGAGGAGUCGGGGCGAUUCCGCAUUUCGUACCCCGACACCCGUACGAGCGGUGGUGCCGCCGCUCUUCUCUGCCGGUGAACUUUUCGGAAGUGUGGGCGCGUGCGCAUGUCUACCAGUCGAGCUUUCUCUCUUCACCAUACUCGUCAUCACUUCUCUCCGUCUUUCUUCUUUCUUUUCCUCAUAUCUAUCUCUCUCUGUUGUUCUCUCGUUCGUUCACUGUACGGUGCCGGUUUGAAGGUUUCUACCGAACAGCGUUAAAUGUGAUUUCUUCGGUUGAAGUAAGAAGAGCCUGUGUGACUACAUUCUAUCAUUAAACUCUGUAGCUUUUCUUUAUCAAUUAAUGAUUCAAUGUGAUGCAGUUAGAAAUUUAAGAUAUUUAUAUGACAGUGUAUGUAACUUAGAAACAUCAGAACUUACCGAUAUAAACAUUAUAACGUAAUUGUGAAUUAAUUAUUACGGUUAUGAAAAGUACUCGGUAGUGAACAAUUUUAUCGCAACGGUGUUAAAAUGAAAUCGAUACGUGUUAGUGUAUACUGGGCUUUGUGCUCAGCUAAAAAUGACUAUUUUCUGUGAUCGAGUAUUUUUUACUGUGAGUUUGAUAACAAUGCCUACAGAUCCGUGACAUUGUUGAUUUUGUCAAUCAUUUAUAAAGUGAUCGGUUCUUUUUUUAUAUCUUUUAUAUCUCUCUUUUAUUCAAGACGUUGAUUCAAUUAUUAUUACUUAUCUAUUGAAACAAUGUCGUUGCCGCGGGGUGUCGGUCUUGGUGUCGACGUGGGUCAAUUAAUGCAACAUCAGCAACAGCAGCAGCAACAUCACGUGCUACCAGCCGCGUUUUUUCUUCGUGCUAGUGCUGAGAGAUAUCAAAGGACACCGAAGUGUGCAAGAUGCCGUAAUCACGGUGUGGUUUCCGCGUUAAAGGGUCACAAACGAUACUGUCGUUGGCGGGAUUGCGUAUGUGCGAAAUGUACACUAAUUGCGGAGAGACAACGGGUCAUGGCUGCUCAGGUCGCGUUAAGAAGGCAACAAGCCCAGGAGGAAAGCGAAGCCCGCGAAUUGGGCCUGCAACUGCAGUAUAAUGCUGGCAGCUGCACUACUGCUCCCGUGUUGCCUGGCGCAGCGAGUGCUACUACGCCAGCUGGCAGUCCGCCCCCGCACCCGGCCCAUGUAGCAAGUCCGGCCGGUUUAGCAAUUCCAGCGGCUGCAGCAGCCGCGGCCGCGGCUGCCGCCGCGCACAUUCAAACGCAACUUCAGCAUCAGCAACCUGAUUGCAGUCUUUUGCAGCGGAAGAGACUUCCUCAGGAUGAAUAUCGGCAGCCCAAGAUCGAAAAACAAGAAUCAAUCGUCGGUGGAAUUGCCGAGGAAUUAGUUUCUCAUUUCCCUAUGAAAGAUGGAGAAGGGUCGCAAAUAUAUAAUACACAGAGAGAUGUCUCCUCCCGGUUCGAUCUUCGAAACAGAGUGCUUACAGUAGUGUGUAUAGACGAGACGCGUCUUCAGUCGAGAAGUUUAGCCGUAAUUGAAUUUCUCGGGCCAGUGCCUACCACCGCUGGGGGAUUCACGACUGGUUGGCUGGUUGGUUUGUUGGUUGGUUCGAUGGUUUCCUGUAUUCUUGCUAGGUCGAAGAUUCUGAAGUUGCCAGGAGAGGGUUCAUGCACUCUCGCUCUCUUCCUCAUCGGUUUUCGAGAGGGUCUCGAUGGUGAUACGGUAUCUACAGCGAGUCGAGGUAUGAUAUUUGCAAUCGGUACAGGGAUCCAUGUGCAAGGAGUUUGUCCACUCGUGGAAGGAAUCGCUAACGUGGCACGAAUAUUACGAAGACUCGUCGCCAAGAAAGAGAUAAAAUCCACAGAGAGUAUAGGGUACGGCUACUUACGUUCCAGCGACGUGCCUGGUGUAGCCGGUCCUACGAAUGCAUGUACACGUGCAAUGCCGCCGUGGAAGCACGUUUCCGAGUGUGUUUGA